AUGGGCGAAAAGCAAGCUGAGGCAGUACCCCGUCAUCUCGGACUUGACCGCGCAGACGAUGCAGUGCUUUACCUUGAGGGCCAUACAGAUGGCGCCGACGGCCCACAGGUUGAUUUGCGGGCUUUGCGCCGUAAGAUUGAUCGACGCUUGAUGCCUUACAUGUUUUGUUGCUAUAUUUUGCAGUUUCUCGACAAGGUUAUGCUUAAUUAUGCCGCCGUCAUGGGAAUUAAAAAAGACCUCAGCCUUAAAGGAAAUGACUUUUCCAAUACUGCCACAUGGUUCUUCAUCGCCUACUUGAUUGCAGAAGUUCCCAAUGUGUAUUGCUUGCAAAAAGCACCGCCUGCAAAAUGGCUUGGAGGAAACGUGUUCCUAUGGGGCAUUGCUGCCGCCGCUUCGGCUGGCGCCCAAAACUACCGUAGCUUAUUGACAGCACGGAUUUUCCUGGGAAUUUUCGAAGCCACUGUUGGUCCAUCCCUGAUGCUCAUUAGUAGCCAGUACUACACUCGCAGUGAGCAAGCUCCUCGAUUUACUAUAUGGUAUAUGGGUCUUGGCGUUGCCCAGAUACUGGGAGGUCUCAUUUCUUUCGGCUUCCAGCACGUACAUCACGCCUCAAUUGAGGGCUGGAGGAUUAUGUUCCUGGUUCUUGGUCUGAUAACAUCCGUCGUCGGCGGGUUGACAUUUUUCUUUAUCCCAGAUACACCAAUGAAAGCUACUUGGCUAUCUGAGCACGAGAAAGUUGCUCUCCUCCAGCAUGUUAGUGAGAAUCAAACAGGCGUAUGGAGCACGACUUUGAAUUUGAGUCAGAUCUUGGAGGCUGUUUUGGACCCCCAGUUAUGGCUCUUGACCCUUACAACUAUUUUGAUAUCAGUCUCAAGCGGCGUAGUGACCACCUACUCGUCGACUUUGAUUGCAGGAUUUGAUUUCUCAGGCCCCAUCUCGGCACUCUUGAACACACCAUCCGGCAUUGUGAGCAUUUUCUUCACUCUUCUCGUUGGUUUUGGAAUCCGGAAGACCUCCAACCGCUGGGCAUGGAAUGUCUUAUGUACCAUCCCUGGCAUUAUUGGUGGAGCCUUGCUGUCCUUCAUGCCUAAAAGCAACAAGGCUGGAGUCCUGAUUGGUAUCUACCUGGUGAACGCAAUUGUAGCCACUUUGCCAAUUCUUUACCAGUGGACCAUGGCCAAUUGUGCUGGACACACGAAACGUGCAUUUGCCAGCGCUUUGGUUGCUGGAUCCUUCUCUGUUGGAAAUAUCAUUGGCCCGCAGACAUUCCAGGCACGGGAUGCACCCGAAUACCAUCCCGCCAAAAUCGCUGUUCUUGCCACACAGGCUGCUGCGGCCUUCGUGUCUGUUGUGCUAUUUUGCUACUACAAAUGGCAAAAUCGCCGUAGGGAUCAGACCGAGGGUCCUAUCGAUGAAACUAUGAUCGAUGAGACCAAAUGGGCCGGUCUCACGGAUAAGCAGAACCCUUCGUUCCGUUACGUUUACUAA